GGAAAAGAAGAGAAUAGAGAGACAGCAGCACCGACCUUCUCAGCCUUCUUUGCCUCCAGUGCUUUCUCCUGUCUUUGCUCUCAGUGAAGAGGAGUUCCUACGUAUAGGCUCGGAUCAACACGUAAACAGGGAUGUUGGCUCGCCUAUCGUGCGGCGGCCUGCUGCUGCUGCUCUCGCUCUCCGCUCUGACGGCGCAGGACGUGAGGGUGCGCCUGGCCGGGCAGAACCGCCGCGGGCCCAACGAGGGCCGCGUGGAGGUCUUCUACAACGGGGCGUGGGGCACGGUCUGCGACGACGAGGUGGACCUCCACCUGGCCAACGUGCUGUGCCGCCAGCUGGGCUUCGAGCGCAGCUUCACCUGGGCGCACAGCGCCAAGUUUGGCGAGGGCGAGGGUCUGAUCUGGCUGGACAACGUGCACUGCAGGGGCACGGAGCUGUCCAUCGCCGACUGCCGCUCCAACGGCUGGGGCAUCAACGACUGCACGCACGCCGAGGACCUGGGGGUCAUCUGCAGCCCCGAGCGGAGGCCUGGGGCCCGGGCCGACCCCGACGGGCAGGGGCCCCAGGCGCCCCCGCCCUUGGAGCAGCCCGAGCGCCCCCCCCCUCCGCCAACGGCUCAGCUGUCCCCCUCCCCUUCCUCCUCGUCCCGGAGGGGCCACGAGAUCGCCCUCAACCGCAGCCCCUCGGCGCCGCGCGGCUCCAGCUCGCCGCGGAGCCAGGGCCACCAGAUCCAGAUCCUCCGGCGGGGCCCCGGGCAGUCGGGGGCCGCCCCGCCCCAGGGCCACCAGCUGCCGUCCCGUCUGGGGAACGGGGCGUCCUACAGGCAGAGGACGGACCCCGGGAGGAGCGGCGGCCCGGAGAGGCCGGGGAACAGGGCCCCCGGGAACCACAUGGAGCCAGAGGCUGGCUUGACUGACUUUGGUCUGGAGACGGACGGCCCUUACACUCAGACUUCCGUGAGGCUGGAGGAGGUGCGCCUGCGGCCGGUGAUGUCCGGCAGACAGGGCGGUCUGGUGACAGAGGGCGUGCUGGAAGUGAAGCAUGCUGGGAGAUGGCGUCACGUGUGCAACCAGGGCUGGGACCUCGGCGGCAGUCGGGUCGCCUGCGGCAUGCUGGGAUACCCCGCCGCCGUACCGCUGGACAUCAACCCCUACCGGAAACUGUGGGAUUCCAAGAUUGCUGACCCAUCCUCAAGGCUGCGGGCGCUCUCCAGUAAGAAGGGCUACUGGGUGGAGAGGGUGCAGUGCCAGGGGGCCGAGGCAUCCUUAGCCCAGUGCUCGGCCCAGCUCUCCUUCUCCCGCAGCGACACCCCCUGCCCAGGGGGGAUGCACGCCGUGGUGCGCUGCGUCCCUGGAGCUCAGUUCGCCAACGCCGGAAGACCCUCGAGUGUUCAGGCGGUGGUGCGUCUGAAGGCCGGCCCGCGGCUUGGGGAGGGUCGCGUGGAGGUGCUGCGGGAGGGGAAGUGGGGCUCGGUGUGUGACCACCUCUGGGACGUCCCGGCGGCCAGCGUGGUGUGCAGGGAGCUGGGCUUCGGGACCGCCAAGGAAGCCCUCAGAAGAGCCCAGCUCGGGCAGGGUUCUGGUCCCAUUCACAUGAACAGCGUUCAGUGUACCGGCCGGGAGCAGUCCGUCAUGGACUGUACCUUCAGAGAGGUGCCACUCUACAGCUGCAAACACAACCAGGACGUGGCGGUCCGCUGCAACGUCCCCAACACCGGCCUGCAGACCACGGUGCGUCUUGCGGGGGGCAGGGAGGCUACAGAGGGCCGUUUGGAGGUGCUGAUGGAGGUGGGGGGGGUCAAACGCUGGGGGUCCGUGUGCAGUGAGAACUGGGGACUCAACGAGGCCAUGGUGGUCUGUCGACAGCUGGGAUUCGGCUUCGCAUCGCGGGCUCACCAGGAGACCUGGUACUGGCCCGGGACCCCAGACGCCGGGGAGCUGGUCCUGAGCGGGACCCACUGCGACGGCUCUGAGAUGUCCGUCCAGCGGUGCCGACGCAACACCAACGUCUACUGCCCCAGAGGGGGGGAGGGACGCGCUGCUGGGGUCACCUGUGUGGAGACGGCCCCUGACCUGGUGGUGGACGCCCAGCUGGUGCAGGAGACGGCCUACCUGGAGGACCGGCCCCUCCACCUGCUGACCUGCGCCAACGAGGAGAACUGCCUGUCGUCCUCGGCCUCCCGCAUGGCCUGGCCCUACGGCCACCGCCGCCUGCUGCGCUUCUCCUCCCGCAUCAUGAACCUGGGCCGCGCCGACUUCAGACCCAGGGCCACCAGGGAGUCCUGGACCUGGCACCAGUGCCACAGGCACUACCACAGCAUCGAGGUGUUCACCCACUACGACCUGCUCACCCUGAACGGGACCAGGGUGGCUGAGGGCCAUAAGGCCAGCUUCUGUCUGGAAGACACCUACUGCCCUGAAGGAAUGCAGAAGCGCUUCUCCUGCUACAACAUGGGCGACCAGGGCAUCUCCGUGGGCUGCUGGGACACCUACCGGCACGACAUCGACUGCCAGUGGGUGGACAUCACGGAUAUUCGCCCUGGUGAAUACAUCUUCCAGGUGGAGGUGAACCCGUCGCUGGACAUGGCCGAGUCGGACUUCAAGAACAACGUGAUGCGCUGCCGGUGCAAGUACGACGGAGCUCGGGUCUUCAUGUUUGGCUGCCAUGCAGCUGAUUCGUACAGUCCCGGAGCAGAGGACCUGUUUGAUCACCAGCGCCAGCUCUCCAACAACCUGCUAUGAGUGAAGAAGUCUCAGAACUCAGAGCCAAACAAAUGAAACCACAUGUCAAAAUAACACGCAACGGAGAAGGAAGGACAAGAGAAACCCACAAUGUCUCCCGCGAAAUUGUUUCUUAAUAUUCCUUUUGGGAAGAUAUUAAUGAGAUGGGGGGUGAAAGGGUUAAUUCAAAAGGGUCAAAUUGAGAUUCCCUGGGCAUCCCCUGGAGACAGAGUGAGUGAGUGAAUGAAUGAAUGAAUGAAUGAAUGAAUGAAUGAAUGAAUGGGUGGAUGUAUGGAUGUAUGGAUGUAUGAAUAAUGCAAGAAACGUCAGAAAUUAACAACCACAGGAAAGAGGGUGUUUUGAGAUGAAAGCAAGGCAUUUCAAGUGUCAAAAUUGGUAGUAAGAACAAGUUUCAACUAAAUUUAGAGUGCUUUGCACUGUUCAUUUAAGUAUAACCACAGUUUUAAGUUAAUGGCACAAAGUCACGGGUAUUCAAAGCAACACCUAUACGUUUUCGGGGAGACCGUUGUCCACCUAGUUUAUACUUUUUAGUAGAGAGAAUAUACUGAACAGAUUUAAUACCAGCUGGAGUCAUGCUGUCAUAGUUAAAUAUUACGGAUGCAGUAUUGACUGUGGGACCCAAUGUUUUUUUGAAUGACAACUGACAAAUUUCAUGGUGCUAUUUGCUUUAUUUGAAUAAAUGAUGUGGUGUAUUGCAAAUGUAUUGUCAUGUACAGUUUGAUAUUACCUCUAUGGAUUCUUUUUCUGUAGCUAUAGCUCAAUAAUUUAUACUGUAUUGUGUGUACUUUUGACAUACUUGAUACUUGUUCCUGUGUAACUUAGUUAUGUAUUGUACUUUAUUUUGUAUCAUGUUUGUUUGUUCUUUAGCUAUCUGACAAACAUUAGCAUCAUCUCUUGAGUUCUCAUUGUUUUAACAGUAUUCAACAGUAGUUGGUAAUGGUAGUUAAACAAAUAAACAUGAAAUUGUAAAACGA